UGCAACAUUUCCCUCAGGCUUUGCCAUUGGCUGCUGAGAUCCAGGAAGUGCAGGAGCCCAUCCCACCUUCCAAAAUCUUCCCUGAUGUGAUGGCAACACAUUUCCAGAUCUCGGAGUUUGCAACCUUCGAUGAAAAUGUGCGGAUAUCUGUGGGCGAGAGGUCGGAGGAGGGAUUGGACGGUGGAAAUGCUGACCUGCACUGUGGAGGAGCCAGAGGGAGACGCGUUGAAGCGGCUGAGACGAUUGUGUUUCACGAUGGCGUUCCCCUAGCUCGGAGGGUGUCCCUACCUGAAGUGGAGCUGCUGGAGGACACCUCGACGCUCAGGGGCCGGACGAGGUCUGAGCCUCCCAACUUCUGGCUGGCUGUUCGGUACGGACGUGAGCUCCGAAGGAUGAGCGACGAGUUUGUCUCCACUUUUAACCAGAACAAGGGGCUUCGCAUCUCCAAGAGUGCCGGGGCGAUUGUGACCACCUUUUACCGAAAGGUGAUGUGCUACCUCCCUGGGAGGGGCACGACAGACACCCAACCCACUGCUGACUGCUGAUAGACCCCCUUCGGAAACAAACCCCCACCCCCUCCUCUCUCCUUCCGAUCGAAAGCCCGACCCAAGCAAAUCGGUGAGCAGGAAGGAUCGUCGAACUCACUCAGGCUGAGCUUUGGGGGUCUGUCAGGUUGUUGGUGGGAGGAGGGUGUGAGACAAUACACCCAGACAGCGGGCAAUUCGCCUCACCGCCGAAUUCAACUAGUGAACAAAAAAACACUUGCUCUUCGCUUGACUUUUUAUAAACUGCUACCCCUCACUCACCCGGUUAAUGGAAUGUUUUGUCUUUUUAAUUCAAGGGUGGAAGUUUAGCCAUAGCCUGGCAGGGCCCUGUGUAGUCCACAUCUGGAGUAACUGUACGGUAACAGGAUACUGUAAAGAGGAUGUUUUGCCUUUGGAAAGAGUGCAGCUUAGAUCACCGUCCACCACCUUCAACAUACACUCCCUUCACCACCGACGCACAGUAGCAGCAGUUGUGUGUACCAUCUACAAGAUGCACUGCAGCAACUCACCAAGGCUCCUUAGACAGCACCUUCCAAACCCACGACCACUAUCAUCUAGAAGGACAAGGGCAGCAGAUACAUGGGGAACAUCACCACCUGGAAGUUCCCCUCCAAGCCACUCACCAUCCUGACUUGGAAAUAUAUCGGCCGUUCCUUCACUGCCGCCGGGUCAAAAUCCUGGAACUCCCUCCCUAACAGCGCGGUGGGUGUACCUACACCACAUGGACUGCAGCGGCUCAAGAAGGCAGCUCACUACCACCGUCUCAAGGGGCAACAAGGGAUGGGCAAUAAAUGCAGGGCCCAGCCAGCGAAGCCCACUUCAUCCGAAAUAAAUUGGUAGAGGUGUGGAACUCUGUCCCGGAGAAGGUGUGAGCUGGAUAAUUUUAAAUGUUGAGGCUGAUGAGUUUUUCUCUUGGCAGAGUAUUACUGAUAGGCUUGGAUCAGUCACCCAGGACCACACCCUGUGGGGGUGGGGGAGCAAUCUCUCUCCUAUGAUGCGCUAUGCAGCCACAUAUCCCAUUGAUUGUUCGGGUGUUCAGCCUCCAGUGCAGUAUUGCCAGUGGGUAAGUGCCCCAGUGUUCAUCAUUAAAUGUGCAAACUGACCAUUCAGCCCAUCUGCUCAUGUUUCUGCCCCACACGAGCCUCCCCCAUCCCCAUAUCCUUCUAUCCCUUUCUCCCUCAUGUGUUUAUCCAGCUUCCCCCUUAAAUGUAUCGAUACUAUUCACCUCGACCACUCCCUGUGGGAGCGAGUCCCACAUUCUCCCCACUCUGGGUGAAGGAGUUUCUCCUGAAUUCCCCAUCAGAUUUAUUAGUGACUGUCUUAUAUCGAUGGGCCUCUAGUUCUGGUCUCCACCACCAGCCCCCCCACAUCCCCCCACCUGGGUGUGGGACACGGAGACAGGGAUUGUGCGCGGUAACUCCGAGUGUGGGAUACGGAGACUGGGAAUGUGCACGGUAACUCCGAGUGUGGGACACGGAGACCGGGACUGUGCGCGGUAACUCCGAGUGUGGGAUACGGAGAUUGGAAACCAAGUCGGGGAGAUGUUGCUGCUCUCUGUUGAGGAUGGGUACCUCAGGUUUUGUGGCGGGGUGGGGGGGGGGUUUAGGAAGUGGUGGUGCUAAAUUUCUUUUUAAGGUUGUUUUGGGGUUAUUAUGGAACCAAGGCCAAUGCAAGCGAUAUCAAGUUCACAGGAACCUUUGCAACAGGGCUGCCUGAAUCCAGCUGCAAUAGAGAGCAUAGCCAUGCAAUAAUCUUGCCCGGGAAGAACUGAAUGAGAGGGGCUGCUACUUGUGCGAUGGGACCCUCGACACCCAGCAAGAGUCGGUGCCCUCGGGCAGGGCAUGAAAAGACGCGUUUGCAAAUUCAGUGACUGAAUCUUACCGAGUGGUGUUUUGGUGAGGAUCUUGAGGGAGGGGCGAGGCUGGAUUGGGAUUUAAUUAAAUUUAAAACAGUUGACUGAAGGAACUGCAUGUGGCGUUUCCCACCCCCACUACCGAGGCAAUUGUGAAGAUUUCAAAAUAAUGUCCUGCUGUAUACUAAGUGAUGUAAUUAAAUUAAAAUAACUUAACCUGUGCAUGCACUGUUGGUGGAGCUAAAUAAAAGUAAAUCCUAAUGGGUUUAAAAAUAAA